UAACCGCAUUGACGCCUGACCUGCAACUGUGACUAUCUCGAUAUAGCGCCCGAGUACUUGCACGAAGAGCGCGCCGAAAGCCGUGGCACGAUCAGACCCCCUCUCGGCGGGGCAAGCCUAAGGCGCACCUGAAAUCUACGUAAUAGUCAGAGGUGCCGCUAUAGGGACCAGGACGAUCUCGCAUUUUAGGCUUGACUGAUGCGGGCCUGAGCUUCAAGAUGCCUCUCGACGAAGAAGGCGCUAAAUGGUCCUGUGAGCCAUGCAUCCGGGGCCAUCGGUCCUCUAAAUGUCAACAUUUCGACAGAAUGAUGAUGAAGGUUCCAAAAGCUGGCCGACCCCUUGCCAGAUGCCCUCAUCCAAAGGGAACGUGUAGCUGUCAAAAGACAUAUGCUUUUAUGAUUCGCAUUCCGAAAGGCUCUGGUUGUCUGUGUAGACCAGUGUAUCAAGUGCCCGCAGAUGCAUCUGGGUCUGUCUCAUCUUCGCCCGUUGCUUCAAUGCCGAUGCCUUCUUCCGCACCUAACAAAGUGCAGAAGCCCGGCAAACGACAGAUAAAAACCCCGCCCGAGAACCUUACAAAAGCGCUAAAUUCCAUACCGGAGUUUGGCAAGCAGAUGGCCGAGAAUGAAUUCCUUAAUCGCCCCAUCCCCUACAUCCCCCAAAAUUCGGAAUUGAGCAAACCGUAUCACGCCGCUAACCAGGACUUGACUGCGUUGAGCGGCCCUGCGCACCAUGUUUUCAAAAACCCUUCCAGCGAGAAGCUAUCUGAACGUGGUAGUUGCUGCUCUCGUGUGUCCAAGCCGACUGUACCGACCCCGGCACCCGAAGCUCAGCGUUCUUGCUGCGCAAAGCCUGAAUCACAGCCUGAAAGUGGAUUCUCUAACGCCAUCAAGACCACCAAUUCGAGUGAAUCCCAAUCAUUAAGCUGCAGCGGAAAUGCAACGCCGUAUUCCUUCUCCCACCCUCAAGUAUCGAAUUGGCAAGAUUUCCAAACAGCGAAGCAGGCUCAAGCACCGAUGCCUCUUUCUCAACUUCCGCCGUUCCCGGCAUCUAUUCCUGAAUACUUGUCCCAUUAUACCCCAAGUUCGCUGGGGAUGUCACUUCCUCAAUCCUCUAACGGAACCGAUCUAUCUCAAGUGUUGAUGCCGCAGCCAUUCUCAGAAUUGACUGAGCAUGUCAACAUCUCGUCUUCAGCCGCAAAUGACAACGACACCAUUCAUGAAUGCCAUUGCGGUGAUAAUUGUCAAUGCUUAGGCUGUGCCUCCCACCCUUUCAACAAUACCACCAGACAACAUGUUCGGGAAAUGGGACUGUUGGUAGCCCUAGAUGACGAAGAGUCCGGGAUUGAGAGCCCUAGUAGCCGCCAGAAUUCCCCCUUGUUGGGGCAACAGUCAAUGUUUACACCGCUACACUUGUCAUUUACCGGUUUCAGCCAUCCAUCUGAUAAUGUUGUCCAACCACUCGGGACGCAUCCCUUCAACGACCAAUCUGUAACCCCCGGCAACAUGAGCGGUGGCUACACAACUCCUUCCACAAACUACAUCACGAGUCAACACAUGAUGGAGCCCUCAGAGUACUACACCCUUGAAUAUCCUGUAGGGCUCCCGAGUGCUUGCUCCAAUAUAACCGGAAGCUGCCAGUGUGGGAACGAUUGCACCUGCGAAGGUUGUCUUACACACAGUGGGCACAAUGGUCUUGCGGUUGCGCCCAUGGCGGACGAAGGUCAUAAUUGGGACCAUACAAAUCUUGCAGAUUCAGCACGACAUGGAGUAAUGCCUGGGACGUCUGAGAUGUCCACGUUGGAGAGUUUCCUUGCACCUUCACCCUCCAUGCUUUGAAGUACCUAAUUUCUGGUCUCAGAUCAGAAUACUACAUCCCUUCCCCCACAGUAGAAGGCCUGUCUUUUGGGAUAUUAUCAGCACUAGCGUGCUCAAAUGACUGACGAUCGAUCAUGAUACCCAUCGCUUAUAUACGACGUUAGAGCAGAAAACAUAUUGCUUAUAUCCUCUUCGAUAUUUUGUGGUUGCUCUUAUUGAAAAAUUGACUCCUCUCUUGCGUUCCGUUCUUACGCUGUUUCGCUCAAAAUCCGUAGCCAGCAAUUCACGAACGGCGCACAUAUGCCCACAUGGCACACUACCUAUGGGCAAGAUGCGAGUCGGAUCCAGUGCUUGAUUAGGGUA